AGACCCUCUCAAGUUUUCGGCAUAAUUUUUAGUAGCUAGGCAUUCGAAAGACAAGUGAAGAAUGAAAGAUUUGGUACAGAUUUAAACGUCUUAAACAGCUCUUAAUCAUGUAGUGAAGCAACUAGCUAACAAGAGUACUAGGGAUUCGACAAAGUUCAUGUGUAGAGUGCAGCAAUCUCGACUAUGGCAUCCGCAUUAUUGAUACACACAGUGUCGAGUAGUUAAUAGGACAUAUAAAUGCUCCUGAAACAUCCUACCAACUACAUACUCCUCUACCUGCUUUAUUUACUUCACCUCCUCUUAACCCUUUUUAUACUUCGCCCCCGGUUCCUCCACAUGAGGCGCGCAACUUCCUUUCGAUAUCUUCAUUUCUCGUUUCUGAGUCCAAACAAAAAACAAGUGAGAUGAGAAACAAGCAGGAGCGUUCCGUGUUUAUAUGGGUUUUGGUUGCUGGGUUGCUUGUCCAGAACUUGGCUGUUCCUGUUAUGUCUCGAAGCUUUGAAAAUCAAAAGAACUACUACUCACCCCCAGACCCACAUUCAGGAACUCCACCAAGUUCUCAUGGCAGUCCACCACACAGGACCACUCCCUCACAUGGUUCGAGAUCACACAGUCCGGGUUCACAUGGUUCAGGAUGCAGCUCUGGGGGCACACCACCCUCACAUGGAGGAUGCAAUCCAACACCAUCAUCUCCACCACCUUCAAGUAGCAACUGUGGAACUCCACCUAGCAUGCCUACACCAUCCAGGCCAUCUUACAACCCUCCUCCUUCAGGAGGUGGUGGUACCUACUACCCUCCCCCAACUUCUAGCGGUGGAAGUCCUCCAACCCCGGUAAUCGUAAGCCCCCCAACCACUCCAAGUAUUGUUCCCAGUCCUCCUUUCAUCCCUGACCCAAACACACCCUUCGGUGGUACAUGCAAUUACUGGAGUACUCAUCCGACGGUCGUCUGGGGUCUGUUGGGCUGGUGGUCCACAUUGGGAGGUGCCUUCGGAGUGCCUAGCGUUCCGGGCGUUGGCCCAAGCAUGAAUGUCUUGCAAGCACUUUCCAAUACACGUGCAGAUGGGCUUGGAGCUCUCUACAGAGAAGGAACAGCUUCGCUGCUCAACUCCAUGGUGAAUAGCAGGUUCCCUUUCACCACUAAACAAGUCAGGGACAACUUCAUCUCUGCACUUGGCUCAAACAAGGCUGCAGCAGCUCAGGCCAGUGUCUUCAAGCUGGCCAAUGAAGGCCACCUCAAGCCCUGAACCUGAAUGCAGCUAUCAACUUUAUUUGGUCUUAGAAUUUCAAGAAAGCAUUUUAUCUGCUGGUGUGUGCUACUUGAUUAGGGUUUUAUGUGAUUCUUAGUAUCUUACUAUGGUAUCUGUCAUGCGACAUUACAUAUUUUGAUAUUAAUGUUUUAGGUAUUCUAAAUAUUAAAUGAGAUUUUCAUGUUUCCUUAGGCUUGAAAUCUUCAUAUUUCCUUUGCCAGUAAAGGCAAUAGAUGUCUUCUCUAAAGACUGUUCAAUGGGAAGGAAAUGGUGGAACACCAACUGCUCCCUCUCUCAAGGACAAUCUACCUAUAAUUCUAACAAUUCAAAGGAUCUCAUCACAGAUAAUAAGAGCUUGUGGCUGUUUGUAUAAACUGAUUGCAGAAUUGACAAGUCUAGAAAAGGACUUCUUUAAGAAGGGUGUUGUUAUCAUUACAUUUUGAGUAAUAAUUACCUUUAGAUCAAACGUCUAAGAAAAGUUAAGCAUAACUAUUUUCAACAAUUGGACAUUCAUAAUCAAACACUAAUCAUUUCAAUUCAUUAUAAUUUUUCACUUCAUAUAAGAAAUCAAAGUGCCGAACACAAUUUUGUAUUUAGAAGUUUGUGAAAAUCUUUUGGGUCCAUUGACCAUGUCUAGUAUGUUUCUGAUAACCAUUAACUAGGAAGUUUUCUCUUUUAGCUAAUCCUGUAAUUGUAAGGCCUACCAACUAAAAACUACCAUUGUAAAAAAAAAAAAAAACCUACCAAC